AUGAUUUACGAAUUGCUUCGACGCUUAUACAAACCGUUGCCUCCAUUAGGCUGGAAAAAUAUAGCCUGGUUAUCGCACAUCAUUAAAACUGGCCGUUUUCUUGCACGAUUGGUUCCCAGUUUUGUUAUAUUCCGUCAAAGUCCACCAUCUUUUCCAGAUCUACCUGUGGAAGUGCUGACGGAGAUAUUCCAAUUCGCCACAUAUCUUCAUGAAGCGGAAAACAUUUUGCCUCUGGAUCCCUUCAUCCCGCAGCAAAUCUCCCGUAAUGCACUAGGUCCCAACACUGCCCUUUCAACAAUGCGUACGAAAUGUGCCCUUGUUCUUGUGUGUCGCUCGUGGAGGAACGUCGCCAUUCCGUUGUUAUAUCGCCACCUCGUUAUUCGCAGUCCACAACGAGCAAUAUCUCUUCUUUCCGCCUUGGAGUCACGUCUUCCAAUACCAGUAGAUGCGACGACUCCCACCAGGCCCUCCGAGUAUGGCCGAUUUGCGCGACACCUUGAGAUAUAUACCCACUCUCGGGGCUCUCACGCGUAUAACUUUCUCCUAACUAUUUGUCAUAUCAUUCAGAAGUCUCCAAAUUUACGAAUUAUCAGUGGGUCGUGGAAUCACGCAUUACCUGCUGGUUUUCCGCAGAGCGUCUCCCAGAUGUGUGGACCAACGCUACAAGGGUUGUUUUGGUCGGAAUCGUGCCCAGAUCCUCCGACUUUCGCAAAGUUUCUGUCCUCCUUCCAGUCCCUUCGCGUACUUGACAUCAGCCGCGUCCUACGACAUCGGGCAAAGGACAUAUCUCUAUCCCUCCCUUUAAUCCAAGAUCUUAUCAUAUCCACUCACACUGGUAGCAUGUCCCUCGCGACAUCGAUUUCCAUGCCCAGACUGCACACCCUCGUGCUACGCCUCGAAUCCAAUGCGUCGGAGUCCAGUACAUACAUCAGAAAAUUUCUCGAAACUCGCGGCAUCGCUCUCAGAACGCUUCAUAUUCUACCUUCAUUGGGUAUCGACGACCAGAACAGAUUAUAUAAUUUCCAUAUCCCUUUCCGGGAUUGUACUUGUCUCGAAACUCUUACGUUUCAUGUAAAUCAUACUCCUACUUUUCAUCAUCCUACUGUGAAGCGAGUUGGUAUUCACGGGUUAAAGUCCGAGGCCUUUGAACAUGGCAAGACUAACAGCGGCAAAACAUGCUUAAAGACGCUGGCGACUAGGUCGCUGUACCCCUGCUUGGAGACGGUCCGGACGGUGGACUACUUGGUCGAGAAUCACACCUUGUCGUUGGGUCAUUACAUAUUGUGGGCUGAAAAGUUUGAGCGUCUAGGUGUUGAUUUUCAGGAUGGCGCAGGUAUUGUUUGGAUGUAUACCGAAGCACUCGAUAUUGUCGAUGGUAGUGAAUCGUCAAAUGACAGGAACUGCGAGGAGGCAACCCUCUAG